UGGACUUGUCUGUAUCACAUGCUGAACGGGAAGUGACAACUUCAACAAGAUCUGUCUUUGCAUGUUAAAUUAGAUACGAAUUGCAGUGGGUUAUUUUGUGUUCUUCAUCUGACGUCCAAACGUUUUCCCGGUGAUUUUACAGAUUGGCGUAGACAUCGAGGGCUUUUUUUAAACUUCAUUCACUCUUGGAUCGCUACCUGAUAAAGAUAUCUUCUGCAUGACCACCCAUUGUGUACAAUAUCGUACUGACUUGCUGUAUGUCUGGCUUUGCAGCAAGACUGGAUGUAAUGAUACCUUGAAAAUCUUCAGCAUCAAUUCACCCCAUGCAUCAACUUGAUUGACACUUGAAACCUGCUUAGGAGAGCUUUCUAUAUUCAUUCAUUCACUGUCAGCAUAUAAUAACCCUGCUCUUGUUGUGCUGCUAAAGAAUAUUUAGUCUGCUGAGAAUGAACACUGGAUUUAGAAAUAUUUUUGAUCAAUAUAAGAAGCUGUAUGAAGAUGGUUCUUCAGGGCAAAAUACGACCUGCCAUGAUGAAGAAUUAAAAGAAUUGGUCAAACAGAAGUUAAUAGAAAGGGCUGCAGAUUUAGCCCAUCUCCCACAGGAUGAUAUGGUUGAAAUUAUUUCCAAGUCUUUGCACAAGACAAUGAAUUACACAAGUACAUUAAAGUUGCUGAUUGGGGCUUUUGAAUUACUGGAGUUAGCCGCUGUCAACCUCUUCCUGUACCCAUGGAGAAAUGAGUUCAAAACAAUUAAAAUGUUUUCAGGAGCGUAUGUGUACUACCUAAAACCUGCAAUCUGUAAUGAAGACCUGAUAAGAUUCUUUAAGAAAAUGGGCUAUACAUUAAAGGAUAACCUCCAGCUAGAAAUUAAAGACCUACCGCAUUCUUUGGAAUUGAUCAGGCUGGCGUUUGAAUUCUUUGUUACAAGGAUUGAAUGUGAAAUCUUGUUGGAAAUUGUAGACAAGUUGGAGCACUACAAAGUUUCAGUUGACGAAUUGCUUCAAGAAAGGAAAUUGAUGGAAAGCAUUGAUAUUUGUGUGAAUAAACUGAAGUGCCUUCCUGCUGCUGACAGAAACCCAAGAGAAAACCUACUUAGAAAGACACUUUCCACUGAAGAUAGUGUUGGCAAGGACUUAAGAGGGAUUUCUAGUAUAAGAAGUCAAGCCAGUUCUCACUCCCAGAGGGAGUAUGAUGGAAAUGCAACCCAUUCACCAACAUGGAAGUCAGUGUGGCCUGCUCCUGAAUGCCAAUGCAAGAAUGAUGAUUAUAACAAACACUUUGCUGGAAUCCCUGAUACUAAUUGUGCUCCUUCAAUGAACCAAGACCCUGUGAAAGAUGGAUGUGCAUUUAACUCCUAUACAGAUAGAGAUAGGAAAAUGGUAUUAUUGGAAAACAUUGAUGCUAAGAACUACAAACGGCAUUGCUGCCUUGGUAAUGGUGAAUCUGUUCACUUCUGUUGUGAAACAUGUCUCUUGUUACACACUAUUAUGUGUGAAGCUGUUGAAAACUGUACCAGUCAUGGUCAUUCCUUUACAUUUUUUGGCGCUCAGAGCUCAACAUGUUUGCCAAAAGCUGAAGCUUCUAAUAGUGACCUAAAACGGCUAUCGUAUGCAGACAUAGUAAAAACAGACUCAAACUGUGGUAUUUGUCGACGUGCGUCUGUAGGGUUUCUUUGUGAAUGUGGUAUGCGUGUGUGUAGUUACUGUGGUUAUGAAAAUAUUUUGCUCUGCAAUAUCUGUGGCAAUAAAAUUUCAAAAGCUUGAAUCCUAAUUUCAAAAGCAACCAAACCUGGAAUUUAAUAGUGUAAAUGAAUCUUCAUCCAAUUGUAUGUGAUGGGUUGGUAAAAUUGUGGUUUAUUUUGUAAAAGCUACAUUUAACAUAAUUUUCCUUACUUAGAAUAUCAAUUUUUGCUUAAGGAAAUAACCAAAGAAUUAUGUUGUUGUAAAUCAAAUGCUCUACUUAAGUAUGCACAGUAUUGUCAUUUUAUUGAAAGUCAUUUUGAUGCAAGCUGAUUUUGUUUUUGGUAUGUGUAGAACUUUUUUUUUAAAUU